CAUCGUCCCUUUGCGCUACAAGGCCAUGGACAGCGACACCGAGGCCUACCUUCUACUCUUGCUGUCCGACAGUAACCUGCCUACGGGGUCCUUCGUGGCAUCAGCAGGUUUGGAGUCCUAUGUGACCCACGGUUUCUACUCGUCUCCCACCCCGUCGACGCCGCGCGACAAGAUGGACGCGACGAUGGAUUUCUUGCAAGAUAGCCUUAGGUCCUACGCGAGAAGUGCGCUUCCCUUUGUCUCUGAUACGCACGAUGUCAUCCGCAAGCUUCUUGCCGAUUCCCGAGACGCGUCCCUAGACUCUGUGCUCGAGGCAGUCACGGCUUUGGACGAUCUCUACGAGUCUAUGACCCUGAAUCACGUCGCCCGCCGUGCAUCCAAGUCACAAGGCGUAGCUCUCCUCACGCUAUACUCUAAAGGCUUCUCGAAACCGUCUACUCGAAGGCAGCGCCAGGCACAAGUUAUCAUGUCGCAUCCCGCUGACGAUGAGCUGUCUUGGGAAACCUAUGCCGGAGCAUUCGUCGAGAAGCUGAAGUUGCGCAUCAGGCAAGAGAAGACUCAUGGGCACCUACCCAUCUGUUGGGGCGUUCUCACUGCUUGCCUGGGACUGUCCUUGGAACGCAGCCAAUUCCUUCACCUCUUUCUCCACGCACGCAGUCUACUGUCAGCAUCCAUACGUCUCAAUACGAUAGGACCAUAUGCUGCCCAACAGCUCCUAUUGCACACCGUCAAGCCUCUUGUCGAGGCAGAAGCCCUGAAGAGCAAGACACUACGCACGGGUAUCGCCGGUGGUGACUGGAGGCAUCCUAUUGACGAAGUUCACCAUGGACCUGCAGUCACCUGGCCGUUGGGCGAGAUCCUAGCUGCACGGCAUGACCUCCAACAUUCGCGGAUUUUCAACAGCUGACGCUGCUGCAAGACUACAAUAUGGCUCUCGUACACCCCGGUAGCCAAAGAUCACUACAAGAAAUAUCAUACAGUUGGCCGAGCGACUACGUUGAUGUAACAAGUGCGAGUCGUGCCGACACUUCCGCCUGCGAGCGCACGAGGCUGGCGAGAUACGACACCAUCAGUGUAUCCUGAAGGGAGUAUAGGUGAGCCACGCUGCUUAUCAUCCGAGCUUCAUGGUUCCGUACCUGCAGACUUGAGUUGAAUCCU